GAGAAGCUGUCAGAAAACUAACUUGAUUUGUAGUAGAGUAAUGUCAUUUCUACGCGAAAAUAGGAAUAUUGAUGUGGCUCCGCAGCAUUAACAAUUUCUUCAAGAUCAUUAAAACAAUUGGACGAAAGUGAGUGGUUUGUGUGUAUUAAGAUGUGACGGAAGUUAAAUUAUCUAUUACCAACGAUCGAUAACGCAAAAUAAACGGUGAUAGCAAAUAAUUUGUUUGUGCCCCAUGCUGGUAAAGUGUUUUAAAUUAUGGAAAUUUCUUGGAAAUGGUUAAAUUUGUGUUUAGGGCUGUUGCUUUUUCAACUUUGCCAUGGAUUUCCCGUCAAUUUGGAGGAUUCUGUAGCAGAUCAACACACCCAGCUGUUAACGGGACUCGUAGCAGUUUUAUUGACGGUUUGCAGCGUCGUGCUCCUGGCAGGUUGCCUAUGUUGCCAGCGUAGAAAUGGAUUUAAGGAGUUCCGAGAUAGUCCCGUUGUGGCCUCGGCGGCCUCUAAUUUGGACCAUGGCCACGUUAACCCCAUCGCCAACGGGGAGUUCACGAUAUUCACCCCCCUGUCGACGUCGCCCUACAACAAUAACGUGUUUCUUGCCAACGAACGAAUAAUCACUCGAACGGCCGAAGAUUUUGCAUAUGAAGAUUUCGACGUCAGUUCCUGGUUCAAUGAAUCCGAAAGAGACUUUCCCAGAAUAAAACUGAAGUAUAUCAAGGAACUGGGAAAAGGAUGGUUCGGAAAGGUUGUCGAGGGGGCGGCGAGGGAGAUACCACCAAACGAACAAAGUUGGACCCCCGUGGUGGUGCGGAUUCUUGAAGCUUCUGCCAGUCGUAAGGAGAGGGUUUUAUUUUUGAACGACGCCGCUAUUUAUAGAUGUGGAGCGCAUGCCAAUGUUUUAUCUUUAAUAGGAAGAUGUCUGGACACGGUUCCUUUACUGCUGCUCCAGGAAUACUGUUCUCAGGGAGAUUUGAAAAAUUAUUUAAGAAGCAAAAAGGAGAACGUGGAGCAACUGCUGUCGACCGACUACCCGCUGUUGUGGUGUUGUCAGCUAACGUCGGGACUGAAGCAUCUCCACAGUAACGGAGUCACCCACCCAGAUUUGGCGACUCGAAAUUGUCAGCUGGCCUCCGACUUGACCCUAAAAAUAGGGGACUACAGCCUCUCGGAGAACAAAUACCCCGAAGAUUACUACCAAGGCUCACCGAGAGUACCCGUGCGGUGGUGCUCCCCGGAAUCCCUCACGUGCACCCCAACGACCAUCCAGCCUAAGAAGAUCACCACCGAGAGUAAUAUUUGGUCGUUGGGGGUGACCAUGUGGGAGGUGUGCGAGUGCGGCGGGCAGCCUUACUGCACGUUGAGCGACGACGAGGUCGUUUCGCAGGUUUUCGGCCCGCCCAACGUCCGACUGUCCAGGCCUAGCUUUCCCGUUCUCUACACGGACUACUUGUACCGUCUGAUGCAGCUGUGUUGGAACAACGCCGAAUCUCGCCCCACCGUGUCUCAGAUCGAUCUGAUGCUGUCGGACCUGUGGCAGGUCUAUAAAAACACGAAAUCCAGCACUUUGUCUGUCGACGAAUUCGAUAAGAGAUGGGAACUGUUCAAACCGAAUUCGGUAGUAGUCCCCGAUGCCGAAACGGAAGAUUCCGAAACGAACAUCACCAAACCCCUAUCGCCUAGUCUGAACAACUUGCAUGGGUCGCUGGAUAAUUUACUGGACCCCGGCGACCAAAUGGAGUUGUGGCUGGAAAACGUAACGAAGGGCGGGGAUUUCUCGCUUGCCAAAAGCACAUCGGACGUCGUUUUGAGUAUAGACGACCCGAUAAUAUCGGAAAUGUCCGGCUCGGAGUCGAGCGACCGGGGCAGCCCCAAACAGAAAAAAUCAAAAUUAAAAUCAAAAAUAGACUUCGAUCCGAACAUAAGAUUCCGCGACGGUAACAUCAAACAACCGUACAACUUCUCGGACAGCGCGCUGUUCUCGCAGAGGACGACGAGCAGCGAGAGCGAGACGGAGGACGAGAACUGGAGGAAGAAGGUGGAGAGGGGCGCGUACACCGAGAAGGUGAGGCUGAAGUCGAGAUCGGUGGCGGACCUGAUGAUCCUGACCCACGUGGACUACUCCGAGAGCGAAUCGGAGACGCCCCUGCCCAGCCUGGACCACAGGGUGAACUACAGGAACGUCAGGUACGCGCCCAGGAACAAUCUGGAGAACGCGAGCCUGACUUACGGGAGCGAGGGUAAUUUAUUGAGCGUACACGACACCUUCCAAGAAGAACUGAAGAAGCUGAAGGAGGAGCGUAGGGACAGUCUUCUUUUCGUACCUGAUAAUCAUAGUCAAAAUAGUUUUAAUAAGUUGGAUAGUAGCAGUCAUAAUUUCUCGGUGGGGGAGUUGACGUUGAGCGACCCGAACCUGAACGGCACGACCGACUCCACGAGCAAGCGGCUGAUGCGCGAGCUGAACCGCGUGGCCGAAAUCCAACCGGCCAGUCAAGUUUUUAAUGUGUUCAGUGUUACCAUAGAUAAGUUCAAGCCUAUCCAUGUAAAUAGUUGUACGUUAAGUGACAUUAUCAACUUCAGUGAUAUCGGACCUACUCGUACGUCCGAGCAAAACGGCAAGAGGAAUUACGCAGAAGCGCCCGUCGGGGAAGUGGAUUUCCGUGAUAGAAACAAUAAACGCAUAUCAGAUUUUACUACCGAGACAUAUCCGUCCGCUUCCGACGUCAACGAUCGAAUAACCGAAGCGGACCUGUAUCAAUUAUCAAACGGCGCCUGUUGGCGGGAUAAAAGUACAAAAUCUGACGAUAUCGAACCGUUUCCUCUUAAAGAAACGAGCGAAGCUGUACACACCCCAGAAAUCGACGGAGAGAGUACCGUCGGCACCGUAAACCCCGUAUUCUUUAACGACCUGUUGACUUCUGAUCUAGAAACGGAAUUCUCGUCGGGUAACACGGAGAGCAACACUGAACCUUCGACGCCGGGCACCGUCGUGCAUCGUAGACCCUCGGCAGACGACGACAAACCUCCCGACUGGAAUUUUGCCUGCGAUAUUCACAACUCAAGUGAAACGUCGGACGGCGACUUACAAGAAACGGCGCCCUAUGACACUCGAGUUAACUCCGAAAAAGGUAAUUGCGAGCAAUCGAUCCGAGAAGUGGACGAUAAAUUUGUGGUGCCAAAACUCUCCGAGAUUUCAACUCAAAAAAUUAACGAAUCUCAAGGUACCAACGGAGAGAACAAAGGAUUACCGGAAGCGUCGAAACUACGGGGGAUUAUUCAAAGUAAAAUUUUUAUCGAUAACGAGAUUCUAAUGGAUCGGAUCGCUUCGUUUUCUAACCACGCGAAGGAUAGUGAAUAUGGUGAAUUCCAAAAUGAGGGUGGCGUUGACUCGAACAAGGUACAUCAAAUCGAUGAAAACAAAGGUUUUGAUGUGAAAAACGAUUUUGAGGUGUCGCAAGAUGAGACACUUUGCGAAGCGAAGAACGACGCUCUAAUACCGAAAUUAUCGGAAAUUAUUAAACGUAAAGGGUUUAUCCUCGCUGAAAAUUCACCCUCGGAAACUGAUAAACACCUACCGGAUUUAAAACUGGGCCCGGAUACAGAGUUUUCCGAAUUUCCCGAAGUUAUCCAAAUUAACAAUAUUUAUGAACAGAGCAAAGAAACCGAGAACUUAAUCUGUGAACAAAAACAUCUUCAAAAUCCAGACGUUGUCGAUUUAAAUGACGUAAUCCUUAUCGACGUAAACGGAGCCUCCGACGAAGAAAAAAAAUCGCAAGUGCCAAAGGAAUACGAAGAUUUACGUUGUGAAACAAAAAGUAACGCACGGGUGCCAAAAUUAUCGGAGAUUAUUAAAAGUAAAAUUGGCGGUGACGAAAAUUCAAAGGGUACAUAUCAAGUUAAUCCACACGACGAGGCGAUUACGGAAGGGAACAGUCGUCUUCCAAGUUCAGAGUGUGCCCCGCCCGAAAUCGAAUCUUUUAGUGACCAAACUGGGUUCGAAGAGGCAAAAGAUAAGUCGGUCGAGGAUUCAAGUCACGACGUACAUGAAAAAUCCCAAAGUACGAGUGGAGUUGACGCAAAUACCGUCAUUGGUCAGGUGGAAAAUUCAAGCUGCGAGGAACACAAAAAUGUCGAUCUAGACGACACGGUCCUUAUUAAUGUGAAGGAAGCUCCCGAAAAGAACGAUAUUCAGAUUUCCGAGAGGACUGAUUCUCAUCACUUUGAACCACGUACGGUUGGUUUAAACCGAAAACCGCAAGAAUUCCGAAAUAAGAAUAGCGUCGAUGUGAACGACAUAUUCCUCAUGGAUAAGAUUUCAGAAAAGGAGAGCCAUCUGGAGGAAUCGAUAACAAACAUUCUGAUAAAUACUGUAAGCUCGGUAGAAAAUUCAAACCGAGGAUUAGAGGAACACAGAAAUAUCGAUCUCAAUCCUAAAGAGAACAAUUUAAAGAUUCUCGUCGGAAAUGCUUCGGAUUACAGUGAAUUUGAUGCAGUCGAUUCAACUGAAGGCUGCGAAUCUCAAGAAAAAUUGCAGAAAAAGGAUAUCGUUGAUUUAAACGAGGUGGUUCUCAUUGAUCUAAACAAAGCUACCAGGGAGGGCAAUUCUCAGAUUCCCGAAAGUGGCGAAUCCAAACCAAAUGCAUUUGAUUCAACCGAAAUUCUCGGACCACAAGAAAGAUUCCAAAAUAUUAUAGAUUUAAACGAAAUAGUUCUUGUUGGUGUAAAUGAUGCACCCGAAGAGAACAAUUUUCAGAUUCCGGAAAGAAAUGGAUUCGAACCAAAUGCUGUUGAUUUAAUUGGAAACGUCAAACUUAAAGAAACGUUACAAGAAAUUAAUAUCGUCGAUUUAAACGAGAUAGUUUUGGCUGAUGUAAGUGAAGCUCGUAGAGAGAACAACUUGAAUUUUUCUGAGAAAAGUGAUUUCGAAUCUAACGCAGUUUGUUCGUCGGAAACCUGCAAACCACAAGAAAAAUUCCAAAAUCAUCAAGAUAUCGUCAUCGUAAGCGAAACUUCCAAAAUCGAGAAUAAUUUGCAGGUACCGAAACUCUCCGAAAUUAUUCUCUGUAAGCGAGACAUAAGUGACCCUUUGCUGAAAGCAGAAACAGUUUUAAAUGGAGAUUCAGCCGAGACGAUAGUUGAACUGUCCGAGGAUACGCUUAACAAAAAUAUCGCGUCUGAAAGUUCAGGAAAAGACCAAAGUGAUACAGAUAGAUCCACCGAACAAAAUGAAUCUCAUAUAUGUGAUACGAACGAUUUUCUCGAAUCUAAGAGUACCGACGAAAGAAAACACACCGGGUUUAUUGAAAACGAUGGUUCCUCAGAAAAUUUCAAAGUUAAUUCGAUAACGUUCGACUCGAGCGGUGACCAGGAGCUAGCAGUACCCAGCGCUUCUAAUUUAAGCGUUUUCACGAGCACCCCCGCGUCGCAGAAAAAUUUCAUUCCACGGAAAGACGCUCAUUCGAAUUUAAAACUGUUCGAUACACCGACGGCAAAGAGAGAGAACAAGACCUUCUGUUCCGAUCUGGUUCCUUUGGAUACCAGCAAAGAACUGAAUUAUUCCCUAGAGACUUGGGAUAGCUUCUUAGGAAAAACGUUGGACGCCCAGAAGGAUGUACAGAACGAAAACCUAUUCGACAGUUUUUCUUCGGAGCCCCACAGCCUUCUGUUCGUCGAGAAUGGGAACGACUUGGUGCAACCGCACGAAUACGCCGAAGCGAAGAACGAACCUAACGUUAAUAACGGCACUUUCGUUAUCGAAGCCAAAAACGAGAACACCUUUGUUCUAGAUAACGAGUCGAAGAACGAAACGUUCGUUUUGAACAAAUCAGAGUCCGAAACCGAAGAUGCGGUGGAUAACGCGGCUUGGGGAAGCGGCGGCGGAUGGUUCCUACACCCUCAAACCGGCAACAAGGAACCGUCCGGGACGAUGGAAGUUAGGGAGAAUGCCGGCAGUUACGUCGGUUUUGGCAUAGACGACGAAAUCAUGGCGGCGAUCAGGAACGAGCUUUUGAAUAAACUGCCACACGCUCAAGUAGCGCCGAGCGAGAAAGUUGCGGAGGUGGAGGAGUGGGACUCUGGCGAAAAGAACGAGGUCUUCCUGAAGUACAACAUUUAUAAUCCGCCCCUGUCGCCGAUCAUCGAGGAGAGUUACAUUGAGGAGUGCGAUAUCGUUUCGCCCAGACAAGAAAGCGAUAAUGAGGAGAGCGAAUGGUCGGAACCCGAUCUGCCGGAAACGUUACCCCCGGAAGCGGAAAGUCAGUCCGCCCACACUUACGACAGUCAGAUGAAGGGGCCCCACCAUCGACACACCCCCAGCCAGGACUCUUGCUGUUCCAACGAUACGCUUUUCAACCUUGAAGAUCUGACGUGCGUCGCCGGAGACGCCGAAAAGGAAAAUGAUCUCGUAAAAUGUGACGUUCCCGAAACGGAAGUUCCAGUCGAGAAUAUAUUGGAAAGUAAUGAGGUUACGUUCGAAGAGAUAUGCGUGGACUUCGAGGAAAAAACCCCAAACACGAUUCCCGAUAACGUUAACGAGACGGGUGUAAAAUCCGAGACAAAUAACAACACCAAAGACGAGAAUUUAAAUAGCACGAAUGCGGAAGAAACGGAGGACCUCCAGACGGGUUCCAAUUUGAAUAUCGAAGGUGAUCGGGGGAGAAACGCGUCCGAAAUGAAAAAUAACGAAAGCAGGGAUUAUAUAAGCGAAUUCAUCACCCAAGAAAUCGAACACAGUUCUAAACAGUCCAGCGAAGGAUCAAGUUCCGAAUCGACGGAAGGAAACGCGAUGGUUUUCAAGAAGACCCAAGUCGCCCCGCUACCGUCUCCCGAGGAUAACCCCUGGAAGCAACUGCCCGCCUCCUUGUUGAGCUACGACAAAGUAAUCUCUCAAAACAAUUCGCUACUCUUGCCCGCGACUGAAUCAAACGACGUAGUACCUGAAUUCAACGAUCUUCCCGAACCCAAUGGUAUAACGGAAUCUCAACACGAACCCGUCGGCGAGGAGUGCUCGACGUUUCAAGACGAUGACGUUCACGGGAACAUCAAACACGAACAACCGGAUUAUGAAAAUAUCAAAGUGAAGGAACCGUUCUACGAGAACGUGAAAGACGCCCCGCCGGUUUACGAAAACGUGAAAGACGCGCAACCCGUCUAUGAAAACUUCGAUGUUUCCAGCGAUAUUUAUAACGAAGUGGACUACGUGAACAUAGUGAAUCUGGAGAACAGCAAGAAUAACGUCGAGUACAUGAACGAGAAGAAAGACUGUGCCGUCUGCGAUCAGGACGAUAAUAAAAUCGAGACCGGCCGCGACGAGGACAUAUUCGGCAUGCUGACCGAUAUAAAAUUCAACGGGCCCACCGAAAACCAGUUAAUUUCGACGUCGUUCAGCGAGAGCAACGAUAUCAACGACGAACAGGAUUGGGACAGCGGUUCGGACACGAGGUCGAGUUCUAGCGGCGAGUUUAUUUGGAAGGAGGGGGAGCAUGAGGAGUCUCUCAAGGCCCUACGAGCUGCCCCGCAAGACGUGUUGGAAGACGUCAAACCGAUGGAAGGGAUAGCGGAGGAGAGCACCGACGAUGAGAGCGACGUGAGCAGCGGCACCAGCGAUGAGGAGGGGGAGGCGCCCGAGUUUGUCCCGUCUGCGUGGGAUAAGUUUGCCACCCCGAUGAAGUCAGCCCUCAGGUCGCCGGAGAAAACCCUCGGAAAGACGGAGAAGAAUAAAUCGAAAGGCGUUUGGUUUAAGAAACAAAAGUACCACUGUGUCUAUGAAUAUCCAAGGGAACCCGAGAGCCCCGUUUUACAGAGUCACGAUUUAUGGAAACCUCAAUUGGAUUACAGUUCGUUUACAGACUGGGAAUUUGACGCAGACACAUAUUUCCCCACAUCGGUGGACGAUAACGAUAUUUUCCCAAGUGGGUAUAGCUACCAACCCAAAAGCGUUUCCAGUAGAAAUCUGUACCAACUGACCAAUAUAUCUGAUUUUGUCCCAAGUAUCGCCGGCCUGGAAGACGAGUUUUUCGUUAGUAGUUCCGCGAGGCCCUUCGACGCCGUCAGUAAUCUGAGCUCGCAGUUCUUCCCGGGCGGCUCCGCCUGGAACGGGGAGAAUGCGACCCCGGACAGCGGCAUGGAAGACGGCACGCCGGGCAGCUCGACGGAGACGAACGAACCCGACGUAAAGACGCAUUUGGUCGUGAGUCUGAAGAACUUGGCGUCGGAGGCUGUUAAAAAAAGUAAGCAGACGAGCAUCAAGAGCAACGACUCCCUAGGCGGCCUCAGGCACACCAGGAACAAGUUAAAAUUAGAUCUGCCGCCAAGUCCGAGCGCUUUCACCUCUACGAAGAUGUUCACCGUGGAGCCCAUGCCGGAGCCGGUGAUCAGGGAGAAGCCGACGUUUACGACGUUUGGGAAGAGCAGGUUUUCGGUCCAACAUGUGGAUACGCCGCCGGACGAAUCGAAGAAUAAGAACGUCUCGUUCGAGGCCUUGCCGUACAAGCCGUUGGCAGAAAUGGAGCCCUGCGAGGAUGUCGAUCACCAAAGCAAGUUCAGCCGGGAAAAGCACAUUUUACAGGAUAAAUUCGAUUGCGGCAAAGGGCACAGCGAGUUCAUAAGGGGAGAAGCUAGUUUGCUGGACAGCGCAGACGAAGAUAGCGGCAUCGAGUCCAGCACGCUCGAGAGAAAAACGAGUAACUAUGGCCUGCUGCAGUGAAGCAGUAACUUCUUUGUUGGAAUUGAUUUUUGUUGUUACGGGAACGUAAAAGGGCCGGAUAUUUAUCUUUUUUGUCUGUUUAAAAUUUUGAAUUCUGUUUUUAUCACUUUUAUUCCCAAUUUAAGAAAUUUUGGGGUUAAAUGAGAAAUUUUAAUUCGAACUUGAAACUUUGUGUUUAAACUCGAAAUUUCGCAAUUUAACUAGAAAUUUCUCGCUUCUACUUUGAAUUUCGUUUAUCAACUUGAAAUUUCAAGUUUUUGAAU